ACGUUUCUGGCUCAGAUCAACCAGGUCUUUCCUGCAGAAGAUGACGUCAACAAACACGUGGAGGACAACUGUUCUCUGAUGUACCUGAACGAAGCAACUCUGCUCAACAAUGUUCGAGUGAGAUACAGCAAAGACAAAAUCUACACGUUCGUAGCCAACAUCCUGAUCGCGGUGAACCCGUACUAUGACAUCCCAAAGCUUUACUCGCCGGAGACCAUCAAGCAGUACCGGGGCCGGUCUCUGGGCACGCUGCCGCCGCACGUGUACGCCAUCGCUGAUAAGGCGUACAGGGACAUGAAGGUGCUGAAGAUGAGCCAGUCCAUCGUUGUCUCAGGGGAGUCCGGAGCCGGAAAGACAGAAAACACCAAGUUUGUGCUCAGAUACUUGACGACCUCGUAUGGAACAGGUCAGGACAUAGACGAGAGAAUAGUGGAAGCGAACCCCCUGCUGGAGGCUUUCGGAAACGCAAAAACCGUGCGGAACAACAACAGCAGCCGCUUCGGAAAGUUUGUGGAAAUCCACUUUAAUGAGAAGAACACUGUGGUGGGCGGCUUCGUUUCUCACUACCUGCUGGAGAAGUCCAGGAUCUGCCGACAAAGCCACGAGGAGAGAAACUACCACAUCUUCUACCGACUGUGCGCCGGAGCGUCCGAGGACAUCAGGCAGAAGUUUCACCUCAGCUCCCCCGACACGUUCAGGUACCUGAACAGAGGAUGUACUCGCUUCUUCGCUUCCAAAGACACAGACAAGCAGAUCCUGCAGAAUCGCAAGAGCCCCGAGCACAUGAAGUCGGGCCCUCUGAAGGACCCGCUGCUGGACGACCACGGCGACUUCAACAGGAUGUGCGUGGCCAUGAAGAAGAUCGGCCUGGACGACACGGAGAAGCUGGACCUGUUCAGGGUGGUGGCCGGCGUGCUGCACCUGGGAAACAUCGACUUCGAGGAGGCGGGGAGCACGUCAGGCGGCUGCACCAUCAAGAAACAGUCGAGUCAGACUGUGGAGCAUUGUGCCGAGCUGCUGGGCCUGGAGCAGGACGACCUGAGAGUCAGCCUCACUACCAGGGUGAUGCUCACGACUGCAGGGGGCGCCAAAGGAACAGUCAUCAAGUAAGGGGACUGCCCAGUACACACAC